AUGACCGCGAAUGAAAUUAAUGUUGUCAUAUUUUCAGGCGCACAGGCUGCACAUGUUCCCGUUCAGAGUCGCACUUCUUGUCAGGCAACAUAUACUGUCGUUUCAGGCAAUAAUUGUGUAGAAAUUGCAGCUAAAUUCAACGUCACUGAUGCAUCUUUGUUGGCUGCUAAUCCCGUUUUGGAUGCUAAAUGCGAUGAUCUCUUCGUAGGUCAAAAGCUAUGCAUCCCGGUUGCACUAGUCAGCUGUCGAGCGCAAUACAUAGUCAAACCCAGUGAUGUUUGCAUCUCUAUUGCGAACAUGUUCGACAUCACCGCUGCUCAAUUGGAGGCUGCCAAUAGUAAAAUUGAUCCCUUGUGCGACAAUCUUCAAAACGGAGAAAUUUUGUGUAUUCCUGCAGCAAGCCAAACUUAA